AUGGGGGCUCUGUCUCGAGGCCUGCUUGUCGGUGUCUGCGCCGUCCUGUUAGCAGCAGUGUUCGCCGAUGCUGCUGCGGGUGAGGCGGCCUCCAUGGUCGUCGGCUUGGCCAAGUGCGCCGACUGCACCAGGAAGAACAUGAAAGCUGAGGCUGUCUUCAAGGGCCUUCAAGUGGCAGUCAAAUGCAAGGACGCCCACGGUGUGUUCGAAACCAAGGCCGUCGGCAAGGUUGACAAGUCUGGCACCUUCAGCGUCCCCCUCGCGGCUGACCUCCUCCGUGAGGACGGCGAGCUGAAGCAGGACUGUUUCGCACAGCUCCACAGCACGGCCAAUCAGCCAUGCCCUGGGCAGGAGCCAUCCUGGAUCGUCCAGCCAUCCAGCGACAACGACAAGAAGAAGACCUUCAUUGCAGUCGCUGGCAAAAUGCACUACUCGUCCAAAGAGUGCGCCUCGGCAUUCCUCUGCGACCCUUCCCACAAGAAGCACCUCUUCCACAAGAAGCCCAUCGUGAUCCCUCACAUCCCCAAGAAACCCAUCGUGAUCCCUCACAUCCCCAAGAAACCGGUGCCAGAGUACAAGCCGCCAACGCACGUGCCGGUGUACCACCCAACACCCAUGCCGACGUACAAGCCACCCACUCCAGAGUACUCACACCCGACACCUACUCCGAUCUACCAUCCUCCUGCCGACCAGAAGACCCAGAACCCUGAGACGGACCCUGAGAAGUUCAAGAAGCUCCUCCCCUUCAUCAAGAAGAAGCCCUUCUUCUUCCCCAAGUUCCGCAAGUUUCCUCCUGGCAAAGAGGAUAUCAAGGCAUAGAAAGAUUGGUGAGAGAUGAAGCAUAGUUAGUUGGCCUACAUCUAUUGUUAUGUGAUGUUGCAUGGCUCCUUACCUCUUUUGGUAUCUUGAGUACUGAUCAGCUCUUACAGGCCUCCAGCUUAUACAAUAAAGCUUUUGUUCUAAGGAUAUUGGCCUGGAUGUAGCAAACUUAAUUUAUUGGAUACAUAUAUAAAUUAAAGUUUGUGUUUUUCUUA